AUGCCACCCCGCCUCCAAAACAAAAUCGCCGUAAUAACCGGCUCCUCCUCAGGCAUCGGCCGCGCCACAGCCCUAGCCUUCGCCUCAGAAGGCGCCUCCCUAAUCUGCUCCGACAUAACCGAAACGCCGCGAUCAGAAUACGCCACAGACACCUCCCCCAGCACCACCACCGUCGCCGCCGCCCACGCCCUCGGCGCAAAAGCCCUCUUCGUAAAAUGCGACACCACCUCCUCAACCGACAUCCAAGCCCUGAUCCAGACCGCAGUGCAAGAGUACGGCAGAAUCGACAUUAUGGUGAACAACGCGGGGAUUAGCAUGGAGACGGGUGAGCAUGGCAGUCGGCCUGUGUGGGAAUACGAAGAAGCGGCGUUUGAGCGCACCGUCGAUGUUAAUAUCAAGGGGGUUUUCCUCGGGACGAAUGUUUAUGGGUUGAGGGGGACUUCGGGGACCUCGGGCUACGCGGCCUCCAAACAUGCGGUAAUGGGUCUCACAAAGUCUGCUGCGCUGGACUGCGCGCCCUAUCGUAUCCAUGUCAACGCUCUCUGUCCCGGUUACACAGCUACGGCCUUUAUAUCCUCGCUACUCACGCCUGAAGCAGCGGAUUCGAAGAAAGAGGUCGAGACAAGACAUCCGUUUGGUGGACUGGGUACGCCGCAGGAUAUUGCGAGGGCGGCGGUGUUCUUGGCUAGUGAGGAUGCGGCGUGGGUCACGGGUAUUGGGCUGCCGGUUGAUGGGGGGUUUAGCUGUAUGUGA